UAUAAGCAGGCUAACUACCCUCUAUCUCGCACGCUGGAAAGGAAGCCAAAACCAACUCUUUCUCUUCAUCUCCUUCUUCCGCUUCUCCAUAUUCUUACAGUGUUCUAGUUUUGUUUCUGUUUGUUUUCUAUGGCAACAUCUUCAAAGCCUGAAUCAUCCUCAAAUAUAGGCAUCAUAAUUGAAAAGAAUCCCUCAGAUUACAAGUUAUCUGAAUUGAAUAUCAAGUCAUGGCCUAAAUGGGGCUGCCCUCCCGGAAAGUAUAUGUUUAAAUACGAAGCAGAAGAGACAUGCUACUUGCUCAAAGGCAAAGUGAAAGUGUUUCCAAAAGGGUCAUCAGAAUUUGUAGAGUUAGGUGCAGGAGAUCUUGUGAUCAUCCCCAAGGGAAUAAGCUGCACUUGGGAUGUUUCUGUAGCUAUCGAUAAACACUACAAAUUUGAUUCUUCAUAAACUUCGUCAACUUCUAUGGAAUGUAUUGUCUAUAUCUAUAUAUCUUUAUACAUAUAUAUCUAUGUCACCUGCUUACCUCAUUUUUCUGGAGUCUUGUAAUUUGUAUGUAUGCAUCCAAGAGCUUAAUGUGAAAAAAUAUUUAGUAAUUGAGC